UGGUAUAUUAUUUCAGGUGAGCAGAAAUGUCCAAUCAGAGAUAGUGGGGAAUCUGGCUUAUAUUUGCUUGUUAACAUACUUGACUUUAACCUUUUAAUCAUUACCACAAGUGGAAAGUUUCAGCCCAUGCCAAUGAUAAAUGGACACAGAAACUGUUUGGUUUAGAAUUCGGUAGCUCUUUCAAAGAAAUGAAAACACUUCAGUGAAGGUAUGUGAGACUGCAUUCCUUAAUAGAUCUUUUGGGAUUAAGAUCAGAAUUACAGUAAAAACAGGCAAAGACUUACUGAAGCAUAUGAGACUGUAUCCAACAGCAGAAGAUUUUGAUUAAGACUGGAAGUGAAAUUAAAGCAAUGAAGAUAAGUGUCAGAAACGAAUGCUAUUCUGCAAUGGCUUGAUUGUAGGUUUAUUAAUGAUGCAAAGUAUUAGAAACUUGGAUUUCUUUUUCUCUGAAAAUGGCCACCGAAUUGGAUAACAUCUUUCUGAUUGUGACAAUAGUGGAAUUCAUCAUCGGCAUGCUGGGGAAUGUGUUCAUUGGACUGGUAAACUGCUCUGAUGGGAUCAAGAAGCUAAAGGUCUUCUCGGCUGACUUCAUCCUCACCUGCUUGGCUAGCUCCACAAUUGUUCAACUCUUGGUGAUGCUGUUUAAUUCAUGUCUAAUGGGACUUAAUCCAUAUUUAUAUACAACAUAUAGAAUAGGAAAACCUGCUGGUAUGCUUUUGUACAUGAUUAAUCACUUGACAACCUGGCUUGCCACCUGCCUAAGCGUUUUCUAUUUCUUUAAGAUAGCCCACUUCUCCCACUCCCUUUUCCUCUGGCUGAGGUGGAGGAUGAACAGAGUGAUUGUUAUGCUUCUUACGCUGUCUUUGUUCUUACUGAUUUUUGAGUGUUUAUUGGUAUACAUGUUUACUGAUAUCACACUGAACGUAACAGGUGAAAGUAAUCUGACUUUAUAUUUAGAUGAAAAUAAAACUCUCUAUGAUAAACUCUCUAUGAUAAACACUCUUCUUAGCUUGGCCAGUUUGAUCCCCUUUUUUCUGUGCCUGACCUCAUUGCUUUUCUUAUUUCUGUCCUUGGUGAGACACACUAGAAAUAUGAAGCUCAGCUCCUUGGGCCCUAGAGACUCCAGCACAGAGGCCCACAGGACAGCCAUGAAAAUGGUGAUGUCUUUCCUUUUCCUCUUCAUAUUUCAUUUUUUUUCCUCACAAAUGGCAAGCUGGAUAGUUUUUGUAUCAUGGAAUAACAGGUACUUAAAGUUCAUCAUGUUACCCUUAAAUGUCUUUCCCUCAUGUCACUCAUUUAUUCUCAUUCUGGGAAACAGCAAGCUGCGACAGACAGCUGUGAGGCUACUCUGGCAUCUUAGAAGCCACAUAAAAGGACCAAACCCUUCACCUUUAUAGACAGACUUUCUGGAAACUUUUCUAAGAGAAUAACUCAAUCAGGACGAUUUGGGGAUCACUUCCACUGUUUUCUUUUUUCCUACUGGGUUUCUCUAAGUAUUUUGGGACAUAACUGAAAUUUUCCCCUACCAGGCUGCUUUUGAUGACAAUUCACACAUUGCCAGUCGAUACCAUCUUAGAAGUAAUCAUUUUUGUUUGGUGCAUUGGCAAGCAGUAUUUCAGUCUCAAAUAUUAUUUCAAAAAAUCUAAAUUAUUUAAUUUUAUAUGCAAACGAUAGGUAAUCUCAACUUUUGGAGAAAAAGGUAUGUGAUUCUUUAGAAAGCAAGAUAGAUUAUAAACUUGAAUGGAUAAACGAUAUAUACAAUGUUGAUAGAAAAUCUAAUUAAAAACUAAAGUCAUAGUAGGAAAAAUAUAGCUUCGUAGCUUAAAAGCCAAGCAUUUUUUUUUUUUUUUAGACAGACUCUCACUCCGUCAUCAGGCUAAAGCACAGUGGUAUUACCUUGGCUCACUACUGCCACCUCCACCUCCCAGGUUCAAGCAAUUCUCCUGUCUCAGCCUCCUGAGCAGCUGGAACU